AUUGAUCAUUUUCCAAGUUUCACACUAUGCUAAUUUUAUCCAUAAUAAUCUGACGAGUGACAAGAAUGUCGCUCGCAUGGCACUGUUUGGGACAGGCAUUCUGGUAAGCCGAUGAAGCUUAAACAUGCGGCGGCCGGCCGCCUUGCCGGUUCUCGGAUACCAAUGGUGUCGGAGGGCAGCUGAAGAAGAUGGAAGCCAGAAGAAAUUAAGUAUUAGGGGACGACGAUAGAUACAAACACGUCUCCUACCUAUUUAGCAUUCGUAACUUAGUAUUAAGUAUAAGAAGAACGUCCGACAAAUUUAGCGGCAUUUUUCAGCUUUUACCCACAAAUCUAAAUUUAGAAGUCAGAAAAUCAGGGGGAAUGAGAGAGAGAGAGAGAGAGAGGGACAUUUGGGUCCGCUUAAGCUGGGGGGGAGGAGGUGGCGCUGAAUGACGGUGAGGACGGCGAGGACAUCUGAAGUCUUGGCGUCGCCGCCUCUCCUCCAUGGCAACGCUUUCUUGUGCCUCCGCCUUCAAGUUCUCUCUCUUUCUCCUCCUCCUUGCGGCCAUCUCCGCCGCCUGCAUCUAUCUUCCUGUUGAAAAGAUUUUGAAGAAUUUUUUGUUAUGGAUCAAGCAAGAUCUUGGAGUUUGGGGUCCACUUGCUUUGGCUGUUGCAUACAUUCCUCUCACUGUCCUGGCAGUUCCAGCUUCAAUACUUACGCUUGGAGGUGGCUAUCUAUUUGGGCUGCCUAUGGGAUUUCUUGUUGAUUCUAUUGGUGCUACUGUUGGUGCGACAGCUGCAUUUAUUCUUGGUAGAACGAUUGGAAGAUCGUAUGUUAUUUCCAAGCUAAGGAAUUAUCCAAAGUUUCAAGCAGUUGCCAUUGCCAUUCAGGGAUCUGGCUUUAAGAUUGUUUUGCUGCUUCGGCUUGUCCCCUUACUUCCAUUUAACAUGUUGAAUUACCUUCUAUCUGUAACACCUGUUCACAUAGGGGAGUACAUGCUGGCCUCUUGGCUGGGAAUGAUGCCAAUCACGUUUGCACUUGUGUAUGUUGGAACCACUCUGAAGGACCUUUCUGAAGUCACACAUGGAUGGAAUGAAGUUUCAACAGCACAUUGGGUUUUCAUAGCAGUGGGUCUUGUGAUAUCUUUAAUCCUGAUAAUGUGCAUUACUAAAGUUGCAAAGGCUUCUCUGGAGAAAGCACUGGUUGAAAAUGCUGAGGUAGAUGGUAUCUUAGCAUCACCACGGCUCCCGACUGUAGCAGAGCCAUGCGUAGACAUUCAGAGGCCUCUUAUUUCUACCAGGAUAAGAUCAUGAGAAAUGAUCAUAAUUCUUUUAGAUUGAGCUAGGAACGAAAAAUAGGGAUAAAUGGAGCUAGCACUCGUGUACAGCAUUGUGCAGGUCAGCCAUUUUAAACUGUUGAGUCACACUUCAACGUUUAAUUUUACAGGCCAUUUUUUUACUGCUCAUGACACGUUUAGAAAUUCAGCUUGUCUAAAAGCAGGAAAUAUGAUUAUAGCAGAUGCAACAUAUGGAAAAUCUGAUCAGAUCUCUGGCUGUAAUGGUUGACUACACCUUUUAAAAGAAUUGUGGGUUAUCAAAUAACAUUGAUCAGCCUUUUUGUGUGUUGGAAUGGAAUUUUAGAUGUAAUGAAACUGAAUUUAUCUUUUUUAAUAUUGCCAUUUAAAUGUUCAUUUCA